CUAGACCCUGACGAUUUUGCGCACAAAAUUAGCGCAUUGCAUAAAGUGAAAGAAAACAGUGCGGUUUACGUGACAUGUGUUAACGAGCCGUCGAUGCCGUCUAUGGUCUCAACGAAUUUUCUCUGAAAAUCUUGGACUUACAGGUCGUGCUCCUGCCACCUUUUGCUCAUCUCAGCCGUCUGUAGCAGCUUCUCACCCUUUCUCAUCAUUGCUUAAAUGUCAAAUGUCAAGUUAGGAUUCCUGAGUGCCCCGCGCGCCCCGCGUACCCCGUGUGCCCUACUGACGUUUGAGAUCUAUUUCUUGGAUGCGGUUGAAUCACACUCGGGAAAGUGUCUGUGUCUCGAUUGUGUAGGGAAAUCCCCGCAUCGCCACGACCACAAAAUUCGUUGACCAUACUCGUCAUCGGCGCUCGUACCAAUGACCUGUUGUUAGUUCACGCACACAAACCUUCUUUGUCUGAUUUGUAUGCUUUUGUUUAUUUGCAGCUAAAAUUUUCAAAAUAAAUAAUAAUGUUUUCCAAUGGAAUCACUUGUAACUUACCAUUCAGCUGUAUGAAUGCCCCUCGAGAUUCUGGCUCUGAUGAGUUGAUCCCUAAUAAAAUGGCUAGAGAACCAGUCAUCCUCAAUGUUUAUGAUAUGUACAAAAUUAAUGAUCUAACAUCAAACAUAGGUCUAGGUGUUUUCCAUUCUGGUGUUGAAAUCUAUGGAACUGAAUAUGCAUAUGGUGGACAUGCCUGUGCCUUUUCAGGUAUUUUUGAAAUAAUACCUAGAGAUGAAAAAGAUCUUGGAGAUCAAUUUAGAUUUAGACAAAGUGUUCAUAUUGGUUACACAGACUUUACAGAAGAAGAUGUGAAGCGUAUUAUAGUGCAAUUAGGAAAAGAGUUUCGUGGCGAUCGUUAUCACCUUUUAAAUAAUAAUUGCAAUCAUUUCUCUGGAUCUUUCACUAAGACUUUAUGUGGAGUAGACAUACCAUCCUGGGUGAACCGUCUUGCAUAUUUCAGCAGUUGGGUUCCUUUUUUAGAAAAGUGUUUGCGUAAGGAGUGGCUAAUGCCGAUGGCGUUACAACACACCCUCAGCAAUCACUGUCCAGAAUCAACAUGUUCGGAAGCAUCGACGCCGCAAUUUUAAACGUAAAUAUAUCGGAUGCCAAAAAGUUCUUAUUAUUAUAAAAAGACAAACAGACAAUUGAAGCCGUUCGCGUCAAAUUGUUCUAAAAAUACCUAUACAUUUAACAUAAAACGCGGUUAAUGUAUUUUUCUUUUACGAUUGCGAUUCAUUGAGAUUUAACUGCGUGUGUGAUUUAAUUUAAGACAAACGCAAGUACACACGUAUUUACGCAAAUAUUUCACUUCCAUAUUUGUAUACCAAUUUACUAAACAAUCGAUCAACAAAUGCAACAAAUAUCUAGAACAAAUGAGUAUCAAUGAACUAAAGAAAAACAAACAUAUUCUUGUAUUUAUUAAUUGUAGAUGAUAAGCAUGUAUAUUUAUUAAGGAUUGUUACAUAGAGGGCCUGCACACCAAAACAAAAAGGAGAGCCUACAAACAACCAAAAUAAGCUUAAUAUGCUAAGGUUUGGUUAGUACAUGUCUGAGCAUUGUUUUGAGCACUGAGGAUAUUUAUUUCGACUUUCGAGAUUAGUUACGAGUAUUUCAAAUGAUCUUAAUUUGGUACCAAUGUUAAAAGACUGUAUGAAGGCGAUGCUAUUAUUAAUUCCUCUUUGUGUUCUCCAAUGAGAUUGUAAAGCCUUUGAUAUUUUAAUUAUAUUAUGUAUUUUAAAACUGGGAAAACCAAAGUAUUUUACACGUGCGUUGAGAUUAAUUCAGUUCGAGCAUUUACUGACAAUAACAUCCAAAACUGAAUGCAUAAGUGCAUACAAUUGUUAUUUGAUUAUCUACAAUUAGCGAUUAAGUACGCCUGAACGUUUAUUAAAAUGCGCAACGUUUUUAUUAUAAUCAUGGAUGAUCAACGUUAUAUUUAUAUUUACCAGGCAUAAAAUGAAAAAAAAAACGAAGUGUUUGUGAUUUAGAAUCUUUAAAAAAAUAAUUCAUUGAAA